AUGUCAAAAGGUCGCGUUCUUCUAGCUUAUUCUGGUGGUUUGGAUACUUCUUGUAUUCUCGUUUGGCUCAUUGAACAAGGAUAUGAUGUCCUUGCUUAUAUGGCCGAUGUUGGUCAAGAAGAAGAUUUUGAAGAAGCUAAAGAAAAAGCUUUAAAGAUUGGUGCCAAGAAAGUUUUUGUUGAGGACUUAAGACGCACUUAUGUCAAUGAACUCAUUUUCCCUGCUAUUCAAGCUAAUGCAAUUUAUGAGAACGUUUAUCUUUUGGGUACUUCUCUCGCUCGUCCUGUUAUUGCUCGUCGUCAGAUUGAAAUUGCUGCUCAAGAAAAUUGCCAAUUCGUUUCUCACGGAUGUACCGGCAAGGGUAACGAUCAAGUUCGUUUUGAAUUGGCCUAUUAUGCUUUGAAACCAGAUAUUAAAGUCAUUUCUCCAUGGCGUAUCCCUGAAUUUUAUACCCGUUUCCCUGGUCGACAAAGUCUUUUAGAUUAUGCGGCUCAAAAGAACGUACCAGUUGUUCAAACUAAAUCAAAACCAUGGUCAACAGAUGAAAAUUUAUUCCAUAUCUCCUAUGAAGCUGGUAUCUUAGAAGAUCCUAAUGUAACACCACCAAAAGACAUGUGGAAGUUAACCGUAGACCCGGAAGAAGCACCAGACACACCUGAACGUAUUACCAUCACAUUCAAACAUGGUAUACCUACCAAGGUCGUAAAUCAUAAUGACAACACCACAAUAACCGAUUCUCUCGAUCUUUUUAUCCACCUUAAUAUGGCUGCACGAAGAAACGGUAUUGGCCGUAUUGAUAUUGUUGAAAAUCGAUUCAUUGGCAUCAAGAGUCGAGGUUGUUAUGAAACACCCGGAGGUACCAUUCUUCGAGCAGCCCAUGUCGAUUUGGAAGGAUUGGUCCUUGAUCGUCAAGUUCGUGCGUUGAGAGAUCAAUUUGUUACGCCCCAGUUCUCGCAAAUUUUAUAUAAUGGGCAGUACUUUUCACCUGAACGGGAAUUCUUGUCUGCGUCGCUUAUAAGCAGUCAAAAAUCUGUGAAUGGGGAAGUGAAAUUGAAGCUUUACAAAGGUAAUGUGAUCGUUGAGGGUCGUAAAUCCGAUACCGAGAAAUUAUACGACAUGGAAGAAAGUUCUAUGGAUGUUCAAGGUGGAUUCAGUCCGGUUGAUUCCGAAGGGUUCAUUAAGAUUCAAAGUAUAAGAUUGAAGAAAUGGGGUGCAAGUGAAAAACUUUUUGAAUCACAAUCAAAACAUUCUUUGAUUCCCCUAGAUAUGCAAACCACGGACAAUUCCUAUCUUGUCCCAGUUAUAUUUUUAAAAUAA